CCGGACGUCAGCUGAGCACGUCCCCCACGUCUCUCCUCCUAGCCACUUAUUACUUGUUCAUUUCCACCCCCCCAAAGAAGCUACCAGGGAUCCAAGUUUGAAACUUUUCCCUCCUUCGUGCCCGAUCUCCUCUAACAGUUUAAUUUUCAUGGGGCUCGGGGAUCAAAGGAACAGCACCAGCAACAACAAAAGCCCGACGCUGUCUGAUGUAAAACUGGCAAAGUGGGGGGAAAAGUCUUGAGUAAACAGACGGAGUUGGCAGACAUGGGGAGUUUCAGAGGCCAUGCCCUUCCUGGGACCUUCUUCUUUGUCAUGGGUAUUUGGUGGAGUACAAAGAACAUUCUGAAGUAUAUUUGCAAAAGGCAGAAACGGACUUCCUACUUUCAUUCCAAAGCAUUAUUCCAUCGAAUAGAAUUUGUGGAAGGCAUAACAAUAGUCGUCAUGGCUGUCACUGGCAUGCUUGGAGAACAGUUCACACCCGAAGGGCCCCACCUGUCUCUAUAUAACUAUAAAGAGGGACAUUGGGUUGAACUCCUAGGCUGGCAUCAUUCCACCAUGUAUUUCUUCUUUGGACUGCUGGGUGUGGCCAAAAUUUUAUGCUUUACUUUUUCUUCACUUCCAAGUUCGUUACCCAAGUUAAUGUUGUCAAACGGCUUAUUUGUGGAGGCUUUUAUCUUCUACAACCAUACUCAUGGCCGGGAAAUGCUGGACAUCUUUGUGCAUCAGCUUCUGGUCUUGAUCAUCUUUUUGACUGCCUUGAUUACCUUUCUGGAGUUCUUCUCACGGUCCCAUACUCUAAUUCUGGAGCUUCUGUGGUCAAGCUUUAUUAUUCUUCAAGGGAGCUGGUUCUGGCAGAUUGGUUUUGUCCUUUAUCCUCCCAGUGGAGGUCCUUCCUGGGAUCAAACAGACCAUGACAACAUUAUGUUUCUCACCAUAUGCUUUUGUUGGCAUUAUGCAUUAUCAAUUAUCAUUGUUGCGGUGAAUUAUGCCUUUGUCAGUUGGUUGGUUAAAACCCGACUUAAGAGAUUCUGCCCCCCGGAAGUGGGACUUCUGAAAAAUACAGAACGAGAGCCAGAAUCCGAAGAAGAGAUGUGAUUCUGACGAGCAUCUAAGUCUCUCUGGAUGAACUUUUUCUGUUUUUGCAUUGUUUCGCUCAUGGUUUUCUUUUUGACCUUUAACUUGGAGAACAACUGACUGAGAACAGUUCUUGGUGUCCUGUUUGUACUUCCAGUUUCAUUCAAGUAUUUGUACUCAAAUGUUUUAUUUUUAGGUUUGAAGAGACUUUGGGUGAUAAAUUGAUUUUGCACAUCAGUCAUGUUAUUUGGGGCCUGAGUGACUCUUCUCAGAUCAUCUAAGGUUAGAUGUCCACAAAUAUGCAUUUAUUUUAUUGCCUUAUAGAUAGAUAUGCUCAAAUUGCCUGGGCUGGCUAUCAUUUGAACUCUGUAAACAUGGGAUUAUUCCUGUUGAUCUUCUUGCUGCAGUGAGAAAUAAAUUAA